AUGUCUUCUUUUCAAUAUGAUGAAUUCAACUACAAGCUGAUCGCUUUGACUGACGUGAAAACUGCUAGGCAAAAUACAAAACGAGAAAACCCUCAAUUCAGUCUAUCUCCCAUGCUUUCAACUGAAUCUUCACUAUAUGAAAGCCGUUGCCCAUAUUCCAGGUCUGUUUGUGUAUCGUCAACAGGAUGUUUUCAUUCAUUGCAUUUGGAUUUAUCACUAACAUAUGUGGAUGAUGAGUCGUAUGGGUGUUUUUCAAAUAAUACAAAUCAGGUUGACUUACUCUGCCGAAAUUCAAAAGUUGGAAGACAAUUAUUAUAUUGUUGUUCUCCAGAUGAUGGGGAUUUAUGCAAUCGGAACUCAAGUUUGCUAGAAUUAUUCAGUCCUAUGCGAAUGAAUGCUCAUGCCUUUACAUGGAAAUCUAUUUUGACAGCAGUGUUGUUCCCUACCUUUGCACUGUUUUGUGGGCUUCUAGCGAUCAUGCUUUUUUGGAAGUGCUUUUUAAAAAAACGAAUAGAAAACUACGAUCGCUAUGUCAAUGAACUUAGCUACAAACCUCCCAGCUUCACUACAGAUGUCUACAAUUAUCUAGUAAAACUCAAUGAAGAACAGUUUUCGAAUCGUAAGUUAUCAUCUUAUGUCUCACCCGGAAUGGGAAAUAAUCUUUCUUCAAAAAAUUUGCAUAAUCCUGAUCCUUCGUGUGAACUUAUUAGCUGCACUAGUGGAAGUGGGAGCGGUCUUCCGUUCCUUGUUCAGAGAACUGUAGCACGUCAUAUUAGAUUGACAAUGUGUAUAGGGAAAGGACGAUUUGGUGAAGUUUGGAAAGCUACAUGUCAAGGUGAAACCGUUGCUGUUAAGAUUUUUUCUAGUCGUGAUGAAGCCAGCUGGGCUCGUGAAACAGAAGUUUACAACACUGGUUUAUUGCGUCAUCCUAAUCUCCUGGCGUAUUAUGCUAGCGACAUGAUAUCAAGAGGUGGAUGCACUCAGCUCUGGUUAAUUACAGCUUAUCACGCUAACGGAUCUUUACAUGACUUCAUCAGUCACAGAUCAUUAAAACUACAGGAUGGUUUGCGUCUGGCCAGCUCCAUUGCAGCAGGCUUGGCGUUUUUGCAUACAGAAAUAAAAGGAUUACAUGCUAAGCCUUCUAUUGCACACCGUGAUCUCAAAUCGAAGAAUGUUCUUGUUAUGAGUGAUAUGACUGCAUGUAUAGCUGACUUGGGUCUUGCCCUUGUGAAUUUACAAAGUCUCCCAGUCGGACAAGCCUUCCUCAAUUUAUCUUCCUCAAUGCUAUCUAGUGGUGUUAUGUCUAGCGGUAUAACUCAGUCAGACAGAUUGUGCAGUGGACUUUCUGGUCCUUCUUCUUUAGGUCCUCCUCCUGCCGGACCUAGGGUUGGUACUAAACGUUACAUGGCACCUGAGUUACUUAUGGCGAUUGAUAUAGCACACACAUCAUCUAACUGCGGCAACAAUACGUCAUGUAUAACUAAUGAAAGUAUUGAUAGUCCAAACAGAAGUCACCAUUUGCCAUUUGAAGUUUACCAAGCUGCAGAUAUUUAUGCGAUGGCCCUCGUGUUUUGGGAAUUAGCACGAUGCACUCAGGGAAUAACAUCUGAUUUUGUUGAAGGAUAUCAGAUACCAUUCUACGACAUGGUCCCUCCUGAUCCAACCUUCUCACAGAUGAGGGAUAUUGUUUGUGGCAAUAGUUUGACCAUAAGUGAUGAUCAAGCAAACCAAUUGAACAGGAAUAGCUCAAGUAUAAACACUAAAUCCCCCAAGACAAGUCCAGAUUACGACAAUGUUCAUUGUAGGCCUCGCAUCUACCAGCGUUGGUUAGAUGACACCUAUCUAUCCUGCUAUUCACAGGUGAUACAAGAAUGUUGGCAUGAUGAUUGGUCUGUACGCCUUUCUGCUCUUCGUGUUCGUAAACGUCUGGGACAGAUCGAAGAUGCAGUUAGGCAAUCAUUGGUCAGAAAAAGAGAGAACAUUCCUUCUAAUGUAAAUGAGUUAUCAGUACUCCUGACCGAGGACCCAGAAACUUUGGCUUGA